AUGGCGGCCGAGGACAUCAAGACCGAUGCCAAUCAUGUCGAGUCGCACGACCCUGUUGUGACUGUCGAGAACCCAAACAUCACAUUCCGUGAUAUUUGGGAGAACCGCCGCGUCCUGGGCUUCUGUUUCAUCAUCUUCAUGCUGCCCAUCAACUUCGGAUACGAGAUCAGCACCGUCGGCAACCUCCUUGCCGUAAUCCCCUUCAUGAAGCGGUUUGGCGAGGAGGUGGAUGGUGUCCUCCUCGUCUCUGCCAAGGACCAGCAGAUCCUCAAUGCUGCCACUACGGUCGGAUUAUUCGUCUCUGCCUUUGCAACCGGUUUCAUUUCCGACAUUGUCGGCCGCAAGAAGACAAUUGGACUCGCCGGUGUUCUCUGCAUCGCUGGAGUCCUUGUCCAAUACUUUAGCCGUACCAUCAUUACUCUGUUUGGCGGCAAGCUUCUCGGAACCUUUGGUUUUGGUUUGGGACACUCCCUUGGACCCGUCUUUGUUGCUGAGAUGGCUCCCAAUAAACUCAGAGGAACUUGUUUGGUCCUUGUGAACACCAUGAUUGUCAUCGGACAGUGGCUCAGCUCCCUCGUCGUCUACGCCUGCUCCGAACGAACUAACGACAUGGCCUGGCGCAUCCCGAUCAUUACACAGGUCUUCCCUCCGUGUCUUCUUCUCCUCGGAUUGAUCAUUCUUCCCGAAUCUCCAUCGUGGCUUCUCAUUCGCGGACGCACUGAAGACGCCAAGAAGUCGUACCUCCGCUUCAACGGACCUGACUUUGAUGCCGACACGGCCGUUGCCGUGGCUAUGCUAGCUAUCCGCAAGGAAGAAGAGGAGACUGCAGGAGGAGGCAGCUGGCUUCAGUGCUUCAAAGCAAAUGAUGGCAGACGUACUACCAUCAUCUGUAUGGUCUACAUCUCCCAGCAGUUCAUCGGUGUCAACUUCGUCAGUGGCUAUUUGACUUACUACUUCAGACUUGCAGGAGUCAAAAACGCAUUGGGUGUGGCCCAAGCCGCCUAUGCUAUCCAACUGUUUGGAAACAUUUGCUCUUGGCCGCUGGUUGACAGAAUUGGCCGUCGCCCUAUGAUUGUUGGAGGAUGUAUUACCAUUACUGCGGGCUUGCUUAUUAUCGGUGGCGUCAGUACUGUCAACAAUCAGUCGGCAUUAAGUGCGACCGUGGCCCUAAUGACCAUCUGGGGGUUCCUCUAUCAGAUGACCCUCGGUGCUACGGCCUACUCUGUCGGUGGCGAGACUCCCAGCAUGCAACUCCGCCAAAAGACAUAUGCCAUCAACAUCAUGGCCGCCACUGCAGUCUCCUGCAUGGUUCUGCAGGUUAUGCCCUACUUGAUCAACAGUGAUCAGCUCAACCUGGGAGGCAAGAUUUGCUUCAUCUUCUUCGCCUUCUCCGUCCCGAUGUGUGUCUACCUCUACUACUGUCUCCCCGAGAUGAAGGGCCGUAACUACGCCGAGAUCCAAGAGAUGUUUGACAAGCGCAUUCCCGCCCGGCAAUUCAAGGGUUAUGUUUGCAGCGUCCAAGACGAGGUUGUUGCCAAGAGGAUCGAGUUGGAGGAGGUAAAGCCUACUCAGGUCUGA